AUGGAUAAGUUGGAUUGCUCUACAGACCAUUUAGAUGAAUCAAAUAACAUAAAUUUUGAAAUGCCUGACCUAGUAUUCGACAAUAAUGUUAGAUUUGUUGAUGCACAGGAAGAAGAAGAAGAAGGUGGUCCUAAAGGAAGAAAAAUUGAAAUCAAUACACCUAUUGACGUUACUAAUAUGCAGCACAAAAUUAAGAAUGCAUUAUAUAAUGCACUCUUACACUAUUGGGAUCUUUCAGAUGAAGAAUUAUUCCUUGCAUACCUUCUGGAUCCGAGGUUUAAAAAAUUAAGAUUUGCAACAUCAACUCAACAACUCCAAGCGAAAGCUGCCCUUCGAGAAAAAUACAAUAAUAUUAAAUCACUUCAGAGAAUGCCAAAUCUAUCAAAAAACAUUCAUCAAAUCAAUUUUUAUGCAAAAUACUGUUGA